AUGAAGAGAGACGCCGAAAAGAUGGAAAAAGAAGAAUACGACAAAAAUUAUGAGCUGACAUUGGAACCCGGUGGUUUUAUUCAUCAAGCAAUUCUGAGAGACCACUUCCACAAAGACAGAUAUGACGAAAAGAAUAUAGUCAUGUUCAACGUACAAUUCCUCGCCCCCAAAACAUUCCACUUGGUCACUGGUACACCACCUCCUCAGAUCCCGGUUUCCGCUGAAACCUACGCUAGACACGGAUACCCAUUCUUCGAGAUGCAUAACGAGCCAAGAGCCAUCACGGGUGAUUUUGAAGAGCUUUUGAAAAGUGUAGGAGAUAUCGACAAGGAAAAGAAUGUGAAUUUGAAAGUCCACCAGCAAGAGAACGGUUUGCAUUUCAGGAGGGUGAAGUUGAAUACAGUGGAUGAGAUGAGUCACUCUAUACUUUAUUGGCUUUUCAGAAGAAGAACACGCAGAAAUGACAUGAGUAGGAGAUUUGAAAAAUCUUUAAGGGGAGGCAAUACGUCGUGGCGACUUGGACGAGUUGAGUGCUGUGCGAUUUUUAAGACUUCACAGCACCGCACAAUUAAAAUCGACUGA